AUGUUCCGCCCCGCAACAUCAGCACUCCGCGCCGUCGCGUCCGCGUCCAGCUCGACAGCUACCGCCCUCCCCCUUGCCGCUCGUGCGGCUGCCUUCCACACCUCAGCAGCGGAGCGCUUUGCGCAGCCUACUGGAGACGCACCUGCAUCCAGCACGGGCAAGGCGUCGACGAUGAAGGAGAUCAAGAUAUACCGAUGGAACCCCGAUCAGCCGGCCGAGAAGCCCAAGCUGCAGAGCUACCACGUCGAUCUGGCGCAGUGCGGACCGAUGAUGCUGGAUGCCCUGAUCAAAAUCAAGAACGAGAUCGACCCUACCCUCACUUUCCGCCGAUCAUGCAGAGAAGGUAUCUGCGGAUCGUGCGCUAUGAACAUUGACGGUGUCAACACUUUGGCGUGCCUCUGCCGGAUCCCUAAGCAGACCAACACUGCAAGCAAGAUCUAUCCCCUUCCCCACAUGUAUAUCGUCAAGGACCUCGUACCCGACAUGACCAACUUCUACAAGCAGUACAAGUCGGUCGAGCCCUUCUUGAAGAACGACAACCCACCCGCGCAGGGAGAGUUCAUCCAGUCGGUCGAGGACAGGAAGAAGCUGGAUGGGAUGUACGAGUGUAUCCUGUGCGCGUGCUGCUCAACAUCGUGCCCUUCAUACUGGUGGAACCAGGACACCUACCUCGGCCCUGCGGUCUUGAUGCAAGCGUACAGAUGGAUGGCCGACUCCAGGGACUCGUACGGUGCGCAAAGAAAGGAGAAGAUGCAGAACACCAUGUCGCUCUACCGAUGCCACACCAUCUUCAACUGCUCCAAGACCUGCCCUAAGGGCCUCAACCCGGCUUUGGCUAUUCAGAAGAUGAAGUACGAGCUUGCUACCGAGUAG